AAGCAGUCUGCUUAUUGCUGAUCGUCUGUACUUUUCCUGUUUGCGGUGCAGGAGAAAUUAUCAACGGAAAAGCUGCCGCAAGAACAGCUCUGAAUCUCCCCGGUGUGCACACCUGUUACACACCUAUUCUGAAACUACCAUGGCGAAUGCAACUGAAAUUGUGUUUGUUCUAGAAGGACUGAAUGAGACUAUGUCAAACAAACGCACAUACUUUGUUGUGACUCUUAUCGUUUACCUUUUUACUAUUUUAGUGAAUCUGAUUUUGAUUGUGACAAUUAUUUUGGAGAAAACGCUCCAUGAACCAAUGUUCAUAUUUCUGUGUAACUUGUGUGUAAACGGCAUAUUUGGUGCCUCUACAUUUUAUCCCAAAAUAUUGGUGGACCUUUCAUCUGACGUGAGUGUUAUUUCGUAUAAAGCUUGUCUAUCUCAAAUUUUUUUAAUAUACAGCUACGUCUUCUGCGAAUAUACUACAUUAGCAGUGAUGGCUUAUGACAGGUAUGUCGCGAUAUGUAAACCGCUCAAUUACCACUCCAUUAUCACGGCUGGGAAGGUGGGUAAAUUGCUGCUAUUUGCCUGGCUGUUUUCCAUCUCUGAAACGGUUAUUUUGGUGGGCUUGACAGUCCGACUGCCCCUCUGUGGAUUCAAGAUCGAAAAGAUUUACUGCAUAAACUGGGCAGUGGUAAAGCUGUCAUGUGUGGAUACCACAGCCAACAACGUAUACGGAUACAUUCUUAUGUUUUUUCACAUUGCACAAGCAUUGCUGAUCUUUGUUUCUUAUGUCAAUAUCGUCAAAGUAUCUGUGCGAUCACAGGAAGGACGGAAUAAGUUCAUGCAGACCUGUUUGCCCCAUUUAAUCUCAUUGACUAACUUCACGAUCGCACUCGUUUUUGACAUCAUGUACGCUCGUUAUGGACCCACCAGCCGUCUGCAGGCUCUCCGCAAUUUCAUGUCCCUGGAGUACCUCGUUGUUCCACCCCUCCUAAAUCCUCUCAUCUAUGGCCUGAAACUGAACCAGAUCCGCCGGAGAAUCUUCAGAAUUUGCAGCCAGAAAAUACAUGCUCUGAAGUGA